UGGAUUCUGAUGAACAGAGAACAAUUUGUUGAUGAGCUGCACGUCACAGGAAAGUGACUCUGCCGUGCUGAAACCUAAAGCUGGGUGGAGUCAAAUAUGUACCUUGGAUGCCAGAGCAAAGGUACCCAGGCUCGCAUUUACAAGAAGGAAACACCCACUAAUUGACCUGAGGAAAGUGAAAGUGCUGUGUGCAGAAGCCAUGGCUGCUGCCCCCGAGAGCACCGUCCUGGCUCUCAGCGAGGAAUCCACUUGCCCCAUCUGCCUGGAUUUUUUCAGGGAUCCCGUGAUCAUUACAGAAUGUGGGCACAAUUUCUCCCGAGCCUGCCUGAGGCAGAGCGGGGGGGAAUCAGAUGCACAGGCCUCCUGCCCCCAGUGCAGGGGGAUCUUCCAGAAGAGGAUCCUCCGGCCCAAUCGGCAGCUGGCCAGGAUUGUGGAAAUCGCCAGAAAAUCAGGGCAGCAGACCGUCAAAGGGGCUGAAAGGAAGGCGCAAGCCUGUGAGAAGCACCAGGAGCCCCUGAAACUCUUCUUCAGGGACCACGAAGCCCCCAUCCGCGUGGUGUGUGACAGAGCCAAGGAGCAUGAAGGUCACAAGGUUGUUCCCCUGGAGGAGGCGUCCCAGGAGUACCAGGAUCUGCUCUAUCGUCACCUGGAGAGUCUGAGGGAUGAGAGAGGAAGGAUUUUGGCAUGUAAAGUAGAGGCAGAAAGGGAAAAGCAGUUGCUGCUGGUAAGUAUCAAGAAUAUGUCAUGGAAGGGAAGGAGCACUUCAGCCAGGAUGGGUCACAUGGAAGAGAAAAUGCCGGGGAAUCGAGAGCCCAUGGCAGCCCUUCCCUGCAGAGCACGUGACAUUCUUCAAAGCUGCUGAACCUAUUCUAGAAGUUAUGCAAGAGGGGCCAUUCCGAGAGGGGGUCCCUGAGCAUCCCUCGCAAGACUGACCCAGUUUCCAGCUCCGUAUGAUAGAAAGCCUGACCUGGAGCGAUGGAGGAAGCAAUUCAA